GUUAACUUUUCUCCUUUUUCUCCUGUAGGUGGGGAUGAACUCCAAGUGAGUACCCUGAAGUCCACUUAUUUUUUUUUCCCAUUCUUCCCUCUGGAUUGUGUUUAAAUUCCUGAUCAUUGUUUCCGGAGGUAUCAGCCAGGAAUGGUGGAUCACUUGCUAUCAAGUAAAAAGAUAUUUCUGCCCACUGCAUCUUCCAUUGGCUUCGUGGGUGACAUGGUGACUGAUGCUAGCACCUAUCAAAUGCUGCCCUCUCCAUUUUCCGAGGAUGAGCUUAGUGACUCUUCGAGCUUCCGUUCUUGCUCCAGCCCUGAUUCUCAGGUACUCAGCUCCAGUUAUGGGAGCACUUCAAGUGCAGAAAGUCAAGAUAGCAUCCUUGACUACCUGUUGUCUCAGGCUUCAUUAGGGAAUGUCCAAGGAACUUUAUGGGACAGAAAGGACACUCAUGUACCGGUAAAAGAAGAAAACUUUGAAUUUCCUUUAUUUUCUGUAGACAUGGAGGAUUCUGGCCCAUUUCAACCUACUCUGGAGGAAAUUGAAGAAUUUCUAGAAGAAAAUAUGGAGCUGAAGGAGGGUAAUGCGGAAAUAAAUUCUUCAAAAAAUAACAGCCAGGCCUUACUCACUGGGCAACAGAAAGACCAAAUAGUGCCUAGCAAGUGCGUUGAUGAAACCAAAAGUACUCAUCUUAGCAACUCUGUCAAAAAGGAUGGAGGUUCUAGUCAGGAAGUAGCCUUGGAUGGCGGUGUUCCAGUUAUACUGCAGAUUCAGCCUAUUCAGAUUAAACAGGAACAGAACACAAAUGCUUCAACGCCAUCCCAGUCAGACAUUAAAAUUACACAGCUCCUGGUCAAUAUUCAAGGACAGACGUAUACUUUGGUUCCACAACUGGUGCAGUCCAGUAACCUCAGCAUAUCCUCCAAGUUUGUUCGCAUUGCCCCAGUUCCUAUUGCAGCCAAGCCUUUGGGCAUUGGCGAUGGAAGUACAGGCCAAAGUGAAGUUGUUAUGGGACAAAAAUAUCAGAAAAAUCCAGCAGCAGAACUGAUUAAAAUGCAUAAAUGUACUUUUCCCGGAUGUACCAAAAUGUACACCAAAAGCAGUCAUCUGAAAGCUCACUUGAGGAGACAUACGGGAGAGAAGCCUUUUGCUUGCACUUGGCCGGGCUGCGGCUGGAGGUUUUCAAGGUCAGAUGAACUCUCCAGACACCGCCGUUCACAUUCAGGAGUCAAGCCAUACCAGUGCCCAGUGUGUGAGAAAAAAUUUGCUCGGAGUGACCACCUGUCAAAGCACAUCAAGGUACAUCGCUUUCCAAGAAGCAACAGGACAAUGCGUGCGACAAACUGAUUUAUCGAACACGUGUCUCAGCUUUGGACAAUAGCCAAUGAAAACCGGAAACAGCAGGAAUCGCUGGGAGGAGAGAAAGCACUUCUUCGUGGUACUGUGAUAAUUUAUUGCCUGAAGAGCAAAAAAAGAAAAAAAAAAGAAAUUAAAAUUAUAUAUAUAUAUAUAUAUAUAUAUAUAUAUUGUUUAGUAUCAUCAUGUACGUUAAAAUGUGAGCCCUGAACAUGUUCUCCCCAUAUAACAGAAAAAUACAGUAUUCUAUUUUUAAAAAAAUAAACUGUAUUUUAAAAGAAUAAGCUGGAGCCAUGUGAAUGAAUAAAAUUAAAUUCUAUAUUGUUAUUGUUUUUAUAUGUAUAACUACAUCUUUCUACACAAAUCUUAGAUUUAGAAUUCUAAAUAUCUGAAUACAGAGAGAAUGUUUAAAUGACAGUUUAAGGAGUAUGGUCGACAUUAUCUUCUUGUCUACAAUUUCAAAUAUAUAAAGUAUUUUUUUCUGUCUUUCUUGUAAUACCGAUAAUUGCAAGUGAGUGACAAAUUGAAUGUGUCUGUCAUAAAGCCCUGGAUUCACACAUUACUUCAUUUUCUUGCAAACUAGUUUCGCGGCUUAAUUUUCAAACGUUUUUUUCUAUUCAACAAGGACAUGCAAGUUUCUUUCCUGUGCUUGCCUCUGUUUAGCGCAAUCUUUUGUAAAAGGGCAUUAUAUCAAUGAGCAUCCAGCAGAAAUGCAAAGUGAGAUCACAUGCAAAGUGAGAUCACAGGUCCUGAUUGGAUGAUCGAUGGUGCCAAUCAUGUACUUUUUCGGUUAGGUGUCCACAGGCCUCUUUAAGAAAUGGUUUCAUUCAGAUCAGUCAGAUGAAUGUUCCCAAUCAGGUGUCUGUUGGAGUAAUUGUCCAUCAGAUCUGCUUCAUUAAAGUGUCCAUGAGGUAUAUUGGAAUAAUUGUAUCCAUGAGAUACAAUUAUAUCCAUUAGAUAUAUUUUUAAAAUGGUGUCCAUCAGGUCAGUUUGAUUUUUGAUAUCCAUCAGAUGUGCUUUACUUUUGGUGUUCAUCAAGUCAGUUUGACUAAUGACAUCCAUGAAGGCUUUUGGACUGUAGCACCAAUAGUUCAUCAGGCCUGGAUGGCUGAUGAUGCCAUCAGGUAUUGUCUGUGUCUCUUUGAGUUAUGAAAUCCAUCACAUAUGACUUACUAAUGGUCCAUCGGGUCAUUUUGGCUUAUGAUAUCUAUCCAUUACAUCAGGUUGAUUCACUGUGACCCUCAGAUCUCUUUGAUAAGUGAUAUUCAUUGAACCUGUUUUAUUAAUGGUGUCCAUCAGGUCUUUGUGAGUGAAUUGGACCAUUAUGUUUAUUGGAUUGUAUAUCAGCUCGACUAAUGGUGCCUCUGAAAUGUAUAGCAGCAUAUCUAUUUGAUUAAUGAUAUCAAUCAGAUCUGGUUGACCAAUGGUGUAUGUAAUGUUCACUGGCACUGGUUAACUAAUAAUGUCUAUCAGAUAUAUUGAUAUUCAUCAUUUCCAUCUACUGGUGUCCAUGAGGUUUAUUUGACUAAUUUUGUCCAAAAGGUCUUUGGAUUAACAGUAUUAGUUGGGUCAAGACACCUAAAGUUGUCAAUUAGGUCCGGCAAGUGGCAACAUUUUCAGAAUUUAAACUAAUGGGAACUUUAGUGAGUGUAGACUUGAUUGUCCAGUGUUUAUUGCAGUCUCCAUGUUGGUUGAUACUAGUUAGAAUAGUUUGAAAUGCUGUAGAUAUACAGAAUACUCUCUGCACAGGAUGUAUAUCUUAUCCUUGGCCUAAGGUAACAGAAGACACACUGAAUACCCAGACACUGUUUUCCCAGCUUUAACUUGAAAGAACUUAAAACAGAAGACUCCUGGUACCCUGUUAGGAACAUCAGAAGAUGAAAGCUCAAUGUCAAAAAGCAAGGGAGCCAUUGGUUUCAUAAAAAUACCCAUAUGUGAAUGAAAUAUUUAAAUAUUUUACAAUAAAAUAUUGAACUAUCAGUCAGUGAAAUGUGAAACAUAUUUAUUGUGAAUGUCUAACCUAAAGUACCUGAAAUAUUAGUUUGAAAUAUGUGAUCUUAUUAGAAAGUGCAUUUUUCAUUUAAUUAUGAAGAUAUAUUUUUAUAGUGAAUUUUCUGGAUCUCACUUUAAACUAAUAUAUAUGAAUAUCUGUAUACAGGAUGGGCAAAAGUAGGUUUACACUUGUUCUUAUGGAAAAAGACAUGUAAGUUUUGAUUAUUACAAUAGCUUUGUUAGCUGAAUAGCUUUAUUAACUUUAUUAAGUCAAAAGAAUGUUACAAUGGCACAGUGCACUUAGGUACAAUCUCAUAAAUACUCAAAUUGUUAGCCUUCGUUGUUUAUACAUUCUAGCUCUCUACUUGUAACAAUAAUAAUAAUAAGAAGAAAAAUAAAACUAAUAAAUAAUAAAAUAAUUAAUUAAUAAAUGAUAACGCAAGAAUAAACUCUGUGUUUUCUGUACUUACAACCGUCAACCUAUUUUUGCCCACCCACACACACACAUACAUAUAUAUUUUACAUAUUUAUGUAUAUUUUACAAAGUAUAUUAGGAAAAUAUUUAUGUAUUUUUGCCAAUAUGUCAGCAUUGCUGCAAAGCAGUAUCAAAAUUAAAUUAUCCAUAUAUUCCGCUAUCCAUUUGUGUCCUUCACUCAACCUCUUCAAUACAGUCUAUAUCAUUCAAGGUAUAUAUACCUGUACAUAUGUAUAUGUAUAUAUAUGGAUAUAUUUCAUUACAUUUGGGUAUACAGUAAUACAUCUUUUAAAAGGGAUGAAUCAAAUUAAAGUAAAGCAAAUGAGGAAUGCUUUGAACCCCAAACAGCAGAUGUCUUUGACAGAGCAUAAUGUAGCGCCUUGCACACCAGUCUGAGCUAAUAUGCAAUAUUCAAGACACAGUGGAGCACUCAUUCUUGUUCUAAACAUAUCUGCCUCAGUACGUCACUUGAUACCAGGAAACCUUCCAGCCUUUACACAGUACUGUUAAGACAAAAAUAAUGUUUCUUUUUGUUAUCAGGCUACAACUGUGCCACCAAUGGCUGGCAAAAAUGGUGCUAAUCUUUCAAUUUUACCAGCCACAACUGUCGUAAUACUGCAAAAUACCACGCUUUGAUGUUGUUGUAGGGUAGAAUAUUUAAUCUCCGAUAAGACUUUAAGCUCAGUCGUACUGUAGUAUCAGUAUUUGUAUUUAGUCUGUGCAGCCCAUAACUGAAACAUACCGUAGCAAUUUUCUUUUAAGUGUGAAAUGUACACAUAUGUAUUUCAGCAUAUAUGUGCAGCAUAUGUAGUAUUCAUGUAAGUACUCACAAAGUGCGGGUAUGCUAUGCCAUACAGCAAAGUAUUCAUUCCAUUCAGUUUUGCAAUUUUGUGUUUAAAAGCUUGUAAUACCAGGUAUAUCUCACAUCCUAUGAAUGUAUGUAAAUAAGAACAAAUUGUACAUAUUUGCCUGUAUAAGACAAAAUAAAAAAACACAGAUUUGAUAACAUAUCGUAAUUCCGCUAUGUUUCAUUUUUAGUGUAAAAUGUAAACAACUGUACAUAACAUAACAAUUCAAUCUAUAUAUAUAUAUAUAUAUAUAUAAAUAUAUAUUUUGUCUUUAUUGUAAUGUAAAUACCUUUACAAAUAAAAUUGA